UAGGAUGACUCUCAAGCCAGUUCUUCUUGCAUUCCUUGUUGCAUCGGCCUACGCACAGUACGGUGUAGCUGGAAUGUAUGAGAAUCUGCCACUCGAGACCACAACUUUGGACGGAAGUGGAGAUGGUUCUGGGGCUGAUAAUGGAUUCGUAUCUGGAGCCGAUGCUGUGGCAAUCGACACUGACUGUUCCACGAAGGAAGACGGACUCUACGCGAUUGGAGGAUGUUCUCCACAAUUCUUGACUUGCUCUGGAGGAAUCUCGAGAAUUAUGGAUUGUCCAGCCGAUCUCAUUUAUGAUCCUCGUAUCGUCGCCUGCGAAUAUUCGUACAACGUUCCACAGUGUGGUGGAGUUCCACAAGAUGUGACAUCAACACAAGAGGCUUAUCCAUCUGAGGAAACCACUGUUAAUCCAUAUGCUCCAGUCGAAGAAGCCACGACUACUCCAGCCGAGGAUGUAACAGUUCCAGAAGAGACCACCACAGAAGCAUAUGCUCCAGUCGACGAUUACUCGACAACUACUCCAGCCGAAGAUGUUCCAGUCCCAGUGGAGACUACUGCCAGCCCAUAUGCUCCAAUCGUUCCGUACACAACUGGUGCUCCAGCUGCCGAUGAGCCAGUCACUCGUUCUGCCGUAACCAAGUCGUGUGUUGGAAAAGCUGACGGAUUCUAUUCAUUCGGAGAGUGCAGUGACCACUACACCGCUUGCUCAAAUGGAUACCUGAUCCCAAUGCAAUGCCCAGCCCGACUUGCCUUUGACGAAGCUCGUGUCAUUUGUGACUACGUUAUGAAUGUUCCAGAGUGCACGAAUGGAUCUGGAAACGACGAGGGAUCCGCUGAUGAGACUACACCUGAAUCUUCUGGAGAGAUGCCAUACAGCAAUGGAUACGGAUAUGAGGAGACGACAACUGUUGCAGAGGAUGUUCCAUCUACUAAGGAUUAUGCCGAACCAAUUGCCGCCGCUUAUGUUGCCAGAUAUCCUAGUGAGAAAACUACUGCUGAAAAUGUUCCAACAACAACCAUCGGAUACGAGCCAGAAGUCGUCGAAACCACAGCUCCAUAUGUUGAAGAGACUACAACGACCGUCGGAUACAAACCUGAAGUUGAAGAGACCACAACUGAAGCUGAAGUUCCAACAACCACCGUCGGUUAUGAGCCAGAAAUCGUUGAGACUACCGCUCCAUAUGUCGAAGAGACGACAACUGCCGCCGACGUUCCAUCAACCACAGCCGUAUAUGAGCCAGAAGUCGUUGAAACCACAACUGAAGCUGAAGUUCCAACCACCACCACCGUCGGAUAUGAGCCAGAAGUCGUUGAGACAACUGUUCCAUACGUCGAAGAGACCACCACUGCCGCUGACGUCCCAACAACCACCGUCGGAUACGAACCAGAAGUUGAAGAGACCACAACUGAAGCUGAAGUUCCAACCACCACCGUCGGAUACGAGUCAGAAGUCGUUGAAACCACUGCAGCUGAUAUCCCAACCACAACUAUCGGUUACGCUCCAAUUGUUGUCGAAAGCACUACCGCUGCUGAUGUGCCAACCACUACCGUUCCAGCUGAAACUACCACAGAAGUCCCAGCUUGUGUCGAGGGAGCCACUGCAAUCGAGCCAUGCUCUCAACACUACAAGAACUGCGUCAAUGGGCAAGAGGCAAUCUUCAUCUGCGAGAACGGAUUGUUCUUCUCCCCAGAGCAAGCUCGUUGCGCUCCAGCCGAUCAAAUCGCCGAGUGUCAUCAAACGACGGUUCAGUACUACUGAAAGAAGUAAUCUAUCAAAUGCCUACUCAUCCCAGUGCCAUACACCCAAUGCAUAUUACUUACCCAUAUCACAACUAACCUGUAAUAUAUUAUAUACUUUGCAUGCAACUAAAAUAAAAUGCUUGUGCCUG